ACAGCCUUUUUCAAAACACCAAGUCUGCACCACCCUCUUACAUUAUUUGCUUCCUUGUCUGUCUGCAUCUUGUUUCCCCGGGCUCCAAACGGCGCUGGUGCAACUGCAGCAUUGUUUUGGGCGGUCCGGGAGCAAAUGGCGGAAGAGCAGCAGGUGCCGCUGUUGAAGAAGGUUUACUAUCAGAAUUGCUCAGGGUGUAGAGUGGAACAGCUUAAAGAGACCAGACGCGGUUUACCCAUUAGGGAGCUUCUUUCUAUAUGGACUGUGGUGCUAUGUACUGCAUUGCCGAUAUCAUCUCUCUUUCCAUUCCUUUAUUUCAUGAUUAGGGACUUCCAUAUAGCAAAAAGAGAGGAAGACAUUGGUUACUAUGCUGGUUAUGUGGGGUCUGCAUUUAUGCUUGGAAGAGCAUUGACUUCUGUCGCCUGGGGAAUGGUGGCUGAUCGAUAUGGCCGAAAACCUGUUAUAAUGAUAGGCACUAUCGCAGUGGUUAUUUUCAACACUCUUUUCGGUCUUAGUGUAAACUUCUGGAUGGCCCUCUCUACAAGGUUUCUUCUUGGAAGUCUGAAUGGUUUACUUGGGCCAAUUAAGGCAUAUGCAGCUGAAAUUUUCCGUGACGAAUACCAAGCUCUAGGACUGUCAACAGUUAGUACAGCAUGGGGCAUAGGAUUGAUCAUUGGACCAGCUUUGGGAGGUUUCCUUGCCCAGCCUGCAGAAAAGUAUCCGGAUAUAUUCUCUGAAGAUUCUCUAUUUGGAAGAUUUCCAUACUUCUUGCCCUGCCUGUUUAUAUCAGUUUAUGCAAUGAUUGUAACCGUUGCUUGUUGUUGGCUUCCGGAAACAUUGCACACACACAAUGAAAACAAAAAAUCAAGAGAAGACUCAUAUGAUGCUUUGGAAGCGGCCAAUGGUGGGUCUAAUGCAAAAGAAAAAGAACAAGAAAUUGAAGGAAGUGAACCAACUUCUAAUGAAAGCCUCUUUAUGAAUUGGCCUUUGAUGUCUUCUAUCAUUGUCUACUGUAUUUUUUCACUACAUGAUAUGGCUUAUACAGAGAUAUUCUCAUUAUGGGCUGUGAGUCCUAGAAUACAUGGGGGUUUGAGCUAUUCAACUGAUGAUGUUGGUGUUGUUCUUGCAAUCUCAGGUUUUGGCCUUUUAGUCUCCCAACUUACUCUAUAUCCACUUGUGGAGAGGUUUCUUGGGCCUGUGAUGAUCUGUCGCAUUGCUGGUGUCUUGUCCAUACCUUUGUUGGCGAGUUACCCUUUAAUAGCCAUGCUUUCUGGGUCCAGCCUCUCAGUGGUGUUGAAUUGUGCAUCUGUGCUAAAGAAUGUUCUAUCUGUGUCCAUUAUAACUGGCAUGUUCCUUCUGCAAAACAGUGCUGUGGACCAACACCAGAGAGGAACUGCUAAUGGCAUUUCUAUGACUGCAAUGUCUCUUUUCAAAGCAGCUGGUCCUGCUGGAGGAGGCGCACUCUUUUCUUGGGCACAAAAGCGACAGGAUUCUGCUUUCUUCCCAGGUGACCAGAUGGUUUUCUUAAUCCUGAAUGUGGUUGAGGCAAUCGGAGUGCUCAUGACAUUCAAACCAUUUCUAGUUCAAAGGCGUCGAUAGAGGAAAAUCAGUCUGAUUCAACUUCAGGCUGUUAGGAUUAUCACCUCAGUAUGACUCUUUGGUAGCAUUGCACCUGUCUCCAUUCAUUAUAGGGACGAUAACUGGCAUCCUGUAGUAACCCUUUUGGGGGGGUAUAUUAGAUCAACAACAAUGUGCCCUGUAUCUACUGCAUUUUGUACACCAGUAAAUUACUGCCUACCUGCAUAUUGUUUGACAUAUUUGGUUACCAAUAAGCAGUUCAUGAGUUAGCAAAACUCUUGUUUGAUGUCUAACACCUUUUUUGUUUCACUUAAUAUGGGGCAGCUCUUGAUGAA